AUGCAAGGAGAAAACCUCACCAUUUGGAGCUUUUUUUUCCUGGAGGGUUUUUCUAGAUACCCCAAGUUAGAGAUUGUUCUCUUCGUCUUCAGCCUUGUAAUGUAUCUGAUAUCCCUCGUGGGAAACAGCACUCUCAUUUUAAUCACCAUCCUAGAUCCACGCCUUCAGACCCCCAUGUACAUUUUCCUUGGAAACCUCUCGUUCAUGGAUAUUUGUUUCACAUCUGCUUCUAUUCCCACUUUGCUGGUGAACUUACUGUCAUCCCAGAAAACCAUCAUCUUUUCAGGGUGCGCUGUACAGAUGUAUCUGUCCCUUGCCAUGGGCUCCACGGAAUGUGUGCUCCUGGCUGUGAUGGCGUAUGACCGUUAUGUGGCCAUCUGUAACCCGCUGAGGUACCCCAUGGUCAUGAACAGGCAGGUCUGUGUGCAGAUGGCCACCGUCUCCUGGGUGACCGGCUGUCUGACCGCCCUGCUGGAAACCAGCUUUGCUCUGCGGGUGCCCCUCUGUGGGAAUCUCAUCGAUCACUUCACGUGUGAAAUUCUGGCGGUGCUGAAGUUGGCCUGUACAAGUUCGCUGCUCGUGGACACGAUCAUGCUGGUGGUCGGUGUGCUCCUGCUGCCCAUUCCGAUGCUCUUAAUCUGCAUCUCUUACGUCUUCAUCCUGUCCACUGUUCUGCAAAUCAGUUCAGCCGAGGGGAGAAACAAAGCCUUUUCUACCUGUGGCGCCCACUUGACGGUGGUGAUCUUGUAUUACGGGGCUGCUCUCUCCAUGUACCUGAAGCCUUCUUCAUCGGGUUCACAUGAAAUAGAUAAAAUCAUCUCUUUGUUUUAUGGCAUGCUUGCCCCUAUGUUGAAUCCCAUAAUUUACAGUUUAAGAAACAAAGAAGUCAAAGACGCUAUGAAAAAACUGCAGGGCAAAAUGUAA